AUGUCCGACAUCGGCUCCACGGCGGCGGUGCCGGUAGAUGAUGGGCAGGAGAAGGAGUACGAGGCAGAGCUUGUUGCUGCCGAUUCUGAUCGUGAUGAAGACGCCUUGUCAGAGGUGGACGAAAAUUUGAUCGAAGACUACGAUCCCGAAGCCGCCAACAUAAAGGAUCGACCGGUCGACAUCGACGAGGAUGUGGCGCGGACACUCAAGGCGACGAAGCGCAAGCGAGCCGAGGGCGAGGCGGCCAAGAAGCCACGAGAAGGACGCCGAGAGAAGAAACGCCGAGACAGAGGUAGCGAGGAUAUCCUCAUGGAUGAUGCUGAAGAUAGUGGUACUUCCAGGAAGCCACGGCGGUCUAGGAGAGCCGAAGACAGCGGCGAGAGACGCUCCAAACCUAAGGAGUCGACGCCCGCGCCGGGUGAUGAGGAAGACCUCAGCCCCGAGGAGAAGCGCAAGCGAGCCAUCGAUCGCGCACUGGACGCUGCUAUCAAGAAGCCCAGUGGCACCCGCCGGAAGAAGAAGGAUGAGAUUGACCUUGAAGAUGAGAUUGACGAACAGUUGGCAGACCUGAAGGUGCGCAUGGAGCGUGCCUGCCAGGAAGACAAUGCGGCGCGCGACGCUGGCGAGCCAGCACUGCACAAACUGAAGCUUCUGCCUGAGGUGACUAACAUCCUCAACCGAAAUAACGUGCAGCACGCGGUGCUGGACCCGGACACCAACUUCCUACAGCACGUCAAGUUCUUCAUGGAACCGCUCAACGACGGUUCGCUGCCGGCCUACAACAUUCAGCGCGACAUUUUCUCGGUGCUCAUCAAGCUCAACAUCGAGAAGGAGGCGCUCCUGAGCAGUGGCAUCGGUAAACUAGUGCUCUUCUACACGCGAAGCAAGAAGCCCGAGCCGGCCAUCAAGCGCAUGGCUGAGAAGCUGCUCGGAGAGUGGAGCCGUCCUAUUCUCAAGCGGACUGAUGAUUACAAGAAGAGGCAUAUUGAAACGCGCGACUUUGACUAUCACGCUGCCAAACUGGCCCAGAGGCAACAGGCUGGCUCCCAGUUCAGCCUCACGCAACGUCCUGCCCAGUCGUCGUUUGAGGCCGAGCGCGAGCGUGCCCUGGCGGCUCCCAGCGGCAACAGCCGUGCACGCAUGGGUGGUCUCCCAGCUAGCUAUACUAUUGCUCCCCGCAGCACAUUUGACGGAGCUAGGGGCACUGAUCACAGGCCGGUGGGCUCUGGUGGUGCUGAGGCGUUCCGCAGGAUGACACAAAAGAACAAGAAGAGGGGUUAG